UACCUAUUAGUAACAAGGAUAUGGAAAGAGAAAACAUAAAAAGAAAAAGAAGAAAAGUAUAUAAGGAUAAGAGAAAGAGAGAAAACCAGAAGAAAAGAGAAAGAGAAAGGGAAAGAAGAAAGAAGAAGAGGAAGAAGGGAGAAGAAGAAGAAAACCAUGGAAGCUCAUCACCAUCAUUUCACUAUCUUCAUGUGUUAAAGGUACAUUAGUUGCUAAUAGUUCUUUGAGAACUUGCAUUGCUUUGCUUGAUAGCAUUUGCAUUGAGGUGUCAACCAGUGUGUAUAGCUCGUUUGCUCAAAUAUCCUGCUAGGGGCAACAAAUCCAAACUGAUGGAUCCUCCCAACGCCGACAUCCUUGAACUGAAAGAGAUGGUGAGGGAUUUGUUCAAUGUUGUGCAAGGGCUUGCCUUGGGGCAGAAAGCCAUGGCUGAGAGAUUGGAAAAGAUUGAGAAGUGGCUGAGGGAGGAGAAAGUUCAGGGAGAGGGUCCGUCACCCGAAGCAAACAAUCCCUCUGGCACAGUAGUAAAGGAACCCUCUGGCGGUGGUCUGCUCAAAAAGGAGGUUGAGUCAAGUGGUGUACCAGCAAAGAAGGAACGCGGUAAGGAUCGUUAUCACCCUUAUGCUGCCACUGUAACCACUCCUGUUGGUAAUCCACUUGUACCACAGCAACAACCACCACCUCAACAGAAGGCACCGAGAACUAAGAGCCAAGUGAAGAAGAAAAAGGAGGAUCGUCAGUUUGAGGAGCCGCCUGUGACCUACACCCUUCUGUUCAGGAGAUUGAGGGAUUUGGGGUUAGUCCGAACAAGGAUAUUGAUUCCCAUAGAACGGCAGCGGAGGCCUGCACACUAUGAUGAGAAUGCCAGGUGCGAGUUCCAUUCUGAGGCACCCGGACACAAUAUUGAGGGUUGUAGGGCUUUCAAGCAUGUCGUCCAAGACAUGGUGGAUUCCAAGACCAUCAGCUUGGCACAGAUAAUGAAUGGGGAGGCCAACCCUGUACCCAGACGGGGUCCUGUAAAGAUGAAGAUGGUGAAAAAGGUCAAGAGAGGAAUGGGGGUGACUGAGGAAGAUCAGUUAAAGGGUCUGAUGCCUGCGGUCCCAAAACCUCUGAUGCAGGAUGGAGUUCUCCCUGUUGUUGAUAUUUGUUGUGCGGCUGCCACCACAGAGGGAUUGAUGAGAGACACGACCCAGAAGAUGGUGGAAAUGGACAGUGAAAAAUUUGAAACACCCAGUCAAGCAAUCGAAACCGUCAAGGUGGAGAAUGCUGUUGUUACUGAGAAGGAGAAGAAGUCGUCCAUUUCUUCUUAUAAACAAGCUUUGGAGGUAGUGAAGAACCAAGAGGCCCAAGGCUGGGGCAGGAUCAUUGACAUAGUGGUAAAGGCAGACAUGUUCGGGAUUGGUUAUCCAGAUCAAGAGUCGUCUAGACCAAACAGAGGACGUCGUCCGCCGUACAUCUUUGUCAGUGCAGGAAUGCUGGAUUCUGAUCAUGCUUGUUCAGUGAGUGAAGAGACCGACCGUGACCGCGAGCUCGAGUUAUGGAUAAAGUCGUGCGUACCAGGCAACUGGAAGGCCUCCAAAAUCACCACUGUCACUCAUCCUGAGGUGUAGGAUUUCUGGUUUUAUUUUGUUUCCAUGAAAGCCAUGCGUUUUGCACGAAACGUAAUGGUCCAUUGUAAGGGCCAUCUCAUGUGUUUCAUUGUGCAACAUUUUGCAUCAGUAAUAAAUGGAUGUUAUUGUGAUUAAAGCGGUGUUCCCUGUUUUUCACUUUUUGCAGUUUUAAAAAAUAAAAAUAAAAAUGGCAAUGUUUUUAUUCUCUUUCCUUUUGAGUCAUUUGAUUCCGACCUCAAAAGUGAUUACCAUCCUGAUCUCAUCGAUAACAAUUUGGUUACACCUUUGUAUGACUUCGACACUUCGAUCUAUCAUACCGAAGAAGAAGGCAAAGAAGAUCGUGAUCUGCUGGAAUUAGCCAGGUUAUUGAAACAAGA